AUGGCUGCAGAUGCAGAUGCAGAAGAUGACGGAGGAUCCGUGGACCUGCAAUCGGAAGAGCAGAAGCGUUUGGCUUUGAGACAGCAGAGGAGGGAGCAGGUGGAAUACCUGAAGCUGCAUCGGGCGAAAUUGGAGAAGGUGGCACAAAGAUGUGUGAAUCGAGUCCUGCUGCAGCUGCCGCCCGAUCCAUACGAGGCGUUGCUCUUCCAGCUGUCUGCCCACGUGAAGGCCUCGGGCAUCUUCUUCGCGCAUUUCCGGGCGCUCCCUGCCGGAGAAGACUUUGUGCUGGAGGUGGUUGCGGACGCGCGGUCCUCCAACCUGAUGCCGCACCGAAUGUUACUCCGUCGUGAGCUGGUGGCCGGCUUACAGGCGGAGCCGGAUGUGUCGCAGCUGCAGAGGGCGCUGGGGUCGGUGCUCGCAGGGGUGAACGUGCUCGACUUUCAG